AUGUUUAUUCUACGAUUGAAAAAAUUUUUUGUAGUUAAAAAUGGUAAUGAUGCAAAUAAAAUAUUAUUUUCUUAUGGUUAUGGUGCAUCAUUAUCAACAUCAACUAAACGACGUCUUCAACAUUCAGUUCAUUUAGCUAAACGUGUUAUUCAACUUGAACAAGCAAAUACAUCAUUAAGAUUAGAAUUAGAUCGAGAACGAAAAAGAAAAAAAAUGAUAUUCAACAAGAAGUUUCUUGAUAAUGCGAAUAAAAUAUUAGAUCAAGCACAACAACCGUAUGAUUUUCUUAUUGCAACUCUAUUAAAAGUAAUGAAAAAUGUUAUUAUGAAUUUACAACAUCAAGAACCACAAAAAUUAAUACAUCGUUCACCAUUUCCACCAUUUAAUAACAAAUAUCGUUCACUUACACCACCAACUUAUCAAUCAAGACGAACAAUUGGUUUUGUUUGA